CACCCGCGCAUAUUACACUGCCCGCAGAAGAUGGUCUGGGAGAUGCUGGUCUUGGGGUAGUGCGGUGCGGGAGCCAUGCUGAGCCUGAGGUUGGAGGGAGAAGUGAGAUGGUGCGUAGCACCUUCGUGCGGGUUGAGCGGAAGCGGCAUGAGAGGCUGGGAGUGCGGGGAAGGAUGGAGGGGAUGGCGGGACAUGGCGAGUGGCGAAAAGCAAAAUGGGAACCACGACCGACGGGCCAUUUAAAUCGCAGGGCGAGCGCUUGGACAAGAAGGUGGCGCGCUUCACAUUGUGUCUUUGCACCAUGGCAGUGCCAUCUGUGUUCUGAGCCGUCUGAGGCGUGCACCGGUUCACAUCCCUCCGCCAUUACCAACGUUCUCGUCGGUGUGGCUACCACCAGCAGGUGGGUGUAGACCGCAUGACAGACGGCGUCGAAAUGCUUCUUGCAUCUAGGAGUUGGGGUGCGUUGACCCCUGCUGCAAGCUAGACAGAAGUCGGUCUGACAGUUGACAUGCAUGCCCCCAGUACCGGUC